ACCCAAAAAAUCCCAAUUUUGGCUGUUUUCUUCUAAGGUUAUGUGCGUCCAGUACUGGCCGGCCUCCAACGAGCUGGAGGAGACCUAUGGGGGCAUCCACAUCAAAGUGAUACAGGAAGAGGAACUGGCCAACUUUCGCAUUCGCACGUUCCGACUGUACAAAAUGGACAAGGAAACAGUGACGGAGGAGCGGUUUAUUCUCCAGUUCCACUUCACGGAGUGGCACUGCCACUCGUGCCCCUUCGGAAACGCGCUUCUGGAGUUCCGAAGGCGGGUGCGCGCUGUGGUUGGCCACCGCAUCAAGUCCAAGGAGGCGGGGCCAAUGGUGGUGCAUUGCAAUGAUGGAGGCGGGCGAUCCGGAGUGUAUCUCUCAGUGGACGCCAACAUGGAACUCGGCGAAGAGGAGGACAAAUUCGACGUGUUCGGCUACUUGAAGAAGCUGCGACAGUCCAGAAUGGCCAUGGUGGAGAACGUGGAUCAGUACAAGUUCGUCUACGACACCCUGGAGGAGUACGUAACUUGCGGGAACUCUUGGUUUGGUGUCAGCGAGCUGUCGCAGCGCCUGAAGCAGAAGUCGCAGAAGAACGCCACCACUAAACUGAACGAAUACCAGCGCGAAUACAUGCUGAUCUGCAAACAGACGCCCCGAUUCACCAUUGGCGAUUGUGCCGGCGGGCAUCGGGGCGACAACAGGAAGAAGAACCGGGACGUUUUGAUUGUGCCCCGUAAGUGAUUUUCUUUGUUCUCAAAUUACACGCCUCUCUAGUUUGGACAGUGCGGAUAAAUCAGAAGAUAAAAAGAAGCCUUCAAUGGGCUGAGAAAGAUUGAUGAUUUGCCCUCAUCUGGGGAAUCUCUGGACUCGCGAUUGAUCGUCUUUUAAUUCCGGGUUUACGUCGUGUCCUGUCGCCUC